AUGGCUGCUUUUCAAGACGUCCGGGCGGGUGAUUCCUCCGUCGCAAGACAAACUAGAUCGAGUUCCGACGAGAAACAGUCGCCGCCGUCCCGACCUUCGUCCACUCGCUCCCGUCCGCUCUCCAUCGUUCCGCGCUCCCAGCAACGCGGGCUCUUGGGUCGUUUCACCGUGAUCCCGGAACUUGGCUGCCCUUACGAGUAUACCAAGAGGACGAAAUGGGCUAUUACCGCCGUCGUCGCCUUGGCCGGCGGGCUUGGGCCCUUAGGCUCGGGCAUCUUCUAUCCUGCCCUUCCACAGAUAUCCCUAGAAUUUGACACCGAGCCGGUCAUUGCAAACUUGUCCGUGGCCUUGUACAUGCUCGCCAUGGGCAUCUUCCCACUCUGGUGGUCCUCCUUCUCCGAAACCCUGGGCCGCCGCAAUAUCUACCUCGUCUCCUUUUCCCUCUUCAUCGUCUUUUCCGUGCUCAGUGCUGUGAGCCACAGCAUUGCCAUGCUCGUCGUCAUGCGCCUCCUGUCUGGUGGCGCCAGUGCCAGUGUGCAGGCCGUCGGCGCCGGCACCAUUGCCGACAUUUGGGAGUCCAGGGAAAGGGGUCGCGCCAUGAGCAUCUUCUAUCUCGGGCCCCUCAUAGGGCCUCUCUUGGGGCCCAUCGCAGGCGGUGCCCUUUCUGAAGCUUUGGGAUGGCAGUCCACCAUGUGGGCUCUCACCAUCUACGGCGGCGUCAUACUCCUCCUUCUCGUCUUUUGCCUGCCCGAAACAUUGCCCAGGCUGAAGUCCCCGCCAGCUCCCACCGUAGUAGCAACUGCCAAUGACAGCAGCGAGAACAACGCCGGGGGCCUCACGCGAACCAAGACGGCCGAGUCGGUCAAGGAAAGCACAAAAAGAGCCGCCGUCGUCUUCAAGCAGCUCAUUGUUGACCCCCUCUCCAUCCUCCUCUACCUCCGCUUCCCUCCCGUCGCCAUCACCGUCUACUACGCCGCCAUCACUUUUGGCACACUCUUCGCCCUGAACAUCUCCGUCCAGGCUGCCUACUCCACCGACCCGUACGGUUUUUCCCCGUCCAUCCUCGGCUUGAUGUAUAUUCCCUCGGGAACGGGCUACAUCAUCGCCUCCCUCUUGGGUGGUCGCUGGCUCGACUACAUCAUGGCCCGCGAGGCACGCAAGGCCGGACGCUACGACGACGGCGGCAACCUCGUCCUGCUCCCCGAGGAUCGCAUGCGAGAGAACGCCUGGCUUGCCGCUACCGUGUACCCGGCCAGCCUCAUCUUCUACGGGUGGACCAUUCAAAACGGCGUUUUCUGGUUCGUGCCGGUAAUAAGCCAGUUUACCUUUGGAGGAGCCUCGAUGCUCGUUUUCGCCGCCGCCACCACCAUGUUGACCGAGUUCAUGCCAAAGCGCAGCUCGAGCGGCGUGGCCGUCAACAACUUUGUCCGUAACAUGUUCUCGUGUACCGGCGCUGUGGCCGCCCAACCGGUCAUCUCUUCCAUCGGGCACGGGUGGCUUUUUACAAUCCUGGGUGUGUUUACGUGGGUCACCGGCUAUGCUUGCAUUUGGGCGCUGAAGAAGAAGGCCCCGGUGUGGCGUAUCAGCAUGGAGAAGGAGUUGAACAGGUGA